CCAAUCAAAAACUCCUACUGAUCAGAGCAUCACAAAGACUUGCAUGUUUUAUCUGAUAAAUGAUCAACAUGAAGCAUCGAAGCAAACCCAUCUUCAUCAUUUAUUGUUUUCUAGUUUUUGUACUUCUGUUCACACAUUUGACAAUAUCAGUUGUCAAAGCUCAAGAAGUUGAGGAUGAGAGAGAUUUUGAUUAUGUUGAGGGAAGCAAGAAGGGGCCAGCUUACUGGGGAGAGAUCAAGAAAGAAUGGGCAGCAUGCAAACAUGGAGGCAUGCAAUCUCCAAUAGACUUGCCAGGUAAGAGUUUUCAAAUACUCCCAAGCUUAGUGGAGCUAAAGAGGACUUACAAGCCUUCUAAUGCCACUCUCAAGAAUAGAGGCCAUGACAUUAAGCUUGAGUGGGCAGGCAACGCCGGAUCGAUUGAGAUCAAUGGCAUUCAGUAUUUCUUAAAACAAAGCCACUGGCACUCUCCCUCCGAGCAUUCCAUUAAUGGCAAGAGGUAUGAUAUGGAGCUCCACAUGGUUUAUCAAAGCCCGGAUCCGAAAGUGGAAAGCAAUACUGCUGUUGUUGGAGUCCUCUACCAGAUUGGUCGCCCUGAUGCCUUCCUCUCAAAGUUGACGAGGGAUAUAGCAUCUAUGACUGAUAAAAAGAUAGAGAGAAGCGUUGGGGUGAUUGAUCCUGCAGAAAUAGUAGAAUUGGAUGGCAAAAACUACUACAGAUACAUAGGCUCACUCACCAUUCCUCCAUGCACUGAAGGCGUUAUUUGGAUCAUGAGCAAACAAUUUGGGACAGUUUCAAGAGAACAGAUAGACCUACUUCGAGUGUCUGUGUAUGAUUAUGCAGAGACGAAUGCAAGGCCAUUGCAACCUCUUAAUCGUCGAAUAAUCCGCCUCUAUUUCCAAAAACCAAAGAUUAUUAAAUACAACUGAAGAUAUAAGAGAGUUCGCCAGAAACCCUAGUGGACUCACAAACUUAUAUAAUUAGCUCACAACAAGAUGGAGAAAGAAAAAAACAAUUGUUCACUUGUUAUAUCUGAUUUGUAAAAAUAAAAUUUGGAACACAUAUAUGGACUUCAAUGUGCUCCAUAUAUCACUGUGACACGUUAAACAUGUUAUGUUAGUUUAAACCACGCUACUGUCUAUGCUUGAAUUUCCUCUGUUGUUCAAUGUAUCUGUUUCUAGUUGGGGUUCCUAAUUUAUAAUGGCAUCACAAAUGAUAAUUCAAAGUA